UCGCUGAGGAAGAAACUCGGCGCAGACGAUCGACUCCGGCUCUAAUCGGCUCUCGCACGGUUCAAGGAUUCGAGAUAAACGCGCCCCACCUCGGAAGCGAUCAUAAUCCCAAAAGCUGAUCGCGACGCGCGCGCAUGGGACGCGAGACUCGCGAUCUACACGUAAGGUGAAAAGAUAUUUAUUUUGGCACGAGACGCGGGUCGGGUGCUUUGAUUCUCGAUCUAGUUCCACCAGGAGGAAGUAUAUGACGAUCGGGAAGUGCUCGUGGCUGUUGCUCGACUAGUUGUAUGCCAAGUCUGGCUUUUUAGCGCGCGUCUCGCUCGAUUCAACUCGUGCCUGAACGAUGAACUUUGUAAUAUGAUAUUAGGUAAAAAUAUCCCCAGAAAAUACAAUCAUAUGCCUUCGCCUGGCUGGCUCCGAACCUGAUACGUAUAUUGUUCAGACACGUGACAGCUGUCAAAACGCAGCCUUCUGAUUGGUGGAAAUAGGCUUUUUAUUUGAUGUGCACGUGAUGGGAGCUUAUUUUCAUCAGCGCCUGUCACACGUGUUGUUGCUUAUAUACGAGCCUGUCGAUAGAGAGCGAAGAAAUUUUUUCGAGGUUCGAAGACAAGAGGUGAAUUACAGAGCUAGCAUGAGAGCGCCCGAAGAGCUUAAACUGGAACCGGACGAGAAACGCAUAGCGAAAGGCAAGAGAUUCGUCCAUCUACCUCCCAUAACUAUUCCUAAUGCGACAUUCACACAAGCGGCUCAAAUGAGGGACCGUGAUUUACCGUACACUAAUUGGCUUGGUAGUCUAUCUGGGAGCGAGGGCCGUGCGCGCACGGAGAAAGACGAUGAGACGGAACGCAUAAAGCGGCCGAUGAAUGCGUUUAUGGUGUGGGCUCAAGUAGAACGACGAAGAUUAGCUGACGCAAACCCUGAGCUUCACAACGCCGAGCUCAGCAAAAUGCUGGGGCUAACUUGGAGAGCGCUAAACUCUACACAGAAACGUCCUUUUGUGGACGAAGCAGAGCGACUUAGACUUCAGCAUAUGCAGGACUACCCUAACUACAAGUACCGGCCACGGCGGAGGAAACACUCUAAGCGAGCUGCUAAGCGCUCUACUGGCGCUGCUGCAGGCAGCAAAGUGAACGGUACUGCCUGCGAAAAGAGCUCUGGACAGGAGACAGUCUCGCGAUUCAAUUGCCUGGUAGAAUCCAGCUUUUUCCAGGUCCCUGGAACACCAAACAGCCCGAUCCCUAGCCCUGAACCUAAACCUGGGAAAUCGCAAUUUUCAGCACUUACUGAUCCGGAGGUAAGCAUGCUACCGGCUCCGUUCCCUAACCUGGAAGAUAUCGAUCUGCCGACGCCAGAAAGCAGCCCUGGCCGGGCCGAGACAAGUAAAGUAUUUACUUUCCCUACGGCCGCCGUGGCUGCCGCGGUUGAGUUUCGUAGCACACUCCUUGGCAUGCUUGCCAGUCAGAGCGCCAGCGUGCACUCGACGCACAACACCAGCCUCUUUGGUACCGGAAAUGUGUCCUAUUCGAGCCAAUCGAGCAUCGUUAACGCACAGGCUAGCACCGGUCCACAGCAAUCGAUACCACUCUCGGAUCUUUUGCUUGAUGACUUGAACCUAAACACAAAUGAACUGGAUCAGUAUUUGGACGGGACUGAGCUGGAUGCAUUCGACUAUGUGAUCUAAUUACUGUCGAGAUCAAACCCAAAUUCCAAUUGGGGUCUAAAAACUUUGUACAGUCUCCCGGAGUGCCGAUACAUCUGCCAAAGUACAUUUGACAUUUUUAUAAAUACAUUUUUGUAGAGAGCAAGCUUUUGAUUUGUUCUCGAUAAGAAUUGUACGUCGUAGUUGUACGUUCGCAUGCUUCACAUUGAAGUUUGGCUCCGCAACUGGAAUAAUUCCUUAGUCUUAUUAAGGUUUUAAGAGCGUCAUUCUCUCGAAUCUAGAUGUGGCUAUUUUCAGAGCCACCGUUCAUCGCACCCCAGAACAGAUUUAAUUUAUACGUGACGAGAGAUGCAAAGGUUUUUUUUGUUAGGUUAUUUAAUUAUUAUUGAUAGCUACAAGGGUAAAUAUGUCUUACAAGCAUGGUCGUAAUAAAAAUUGCUUACGCAA